AUGCUGGCAUUGUAUUUAAAUGACUUUUGGCUCAUUCGGUUUUUCUUCAUUCUCUUGAGUUAUGGCACUGUUUCGAUUCCUGUAGUUCUAUUGGUUAUUUAUGUUCGUCGAAAAACUACCGAAGGUAGUUUCGAGUCUGCAACACUGUUUCAUUCAUUUCUACAAAGGUUUGCUCUUGGAAAACCUGAAUAUGAAUUGAUUAUUUCCGACUCUGUAAAAUUGACUUCAGUCGUUUCGCGGAAAAAGAAUCUCCGCAAUGAUACUUUCCAUCUUAUUUUAUGCUUUUCAAGUCUUCAAGCUACUCUUGUUUCAAUGGGUUAUAUUCAAGAACGGAUUAUGACACAGGCUUACUUAUCAACUGUGGAUAAUCAGCUAAACAAAUUUGAAAAUACACAAUUUCUUGUUUUCAUGAAUCGUGUUUUUGCCAUUGUCCUAUGUGCAGCUUACUUAACUUCGAAUUGGAAAAGAGAACCUCCCCAUAUUCCACCGUUUUAUAAGCAUUCGUUCACGUCGUUUUCCAAUACACUUUCAUCCUGGUGCCAAUACGAGGCACUGAAAUUUGUUUCAUUUCCAACUCAGACAGUAUGCAAAGCAUCGAAAGUGCUGCCAACGAUGUUGAUGGGGUUCGUUGUCAGAGGUGAGCGUUAUAAAUAUGGCGAGUGCGCUUGUGCUGCUAUGCUUGCAUUUGGAGCGUCAUUAUUUCUUCUGUCAAACUCUAAGGGACUUGGAUCCUAUGCGGUUUUAUCUUCUGAUCGUGUGACUACUGUUUCUGGGAUUUGUUUGAUGUCUGGUUAUCUUUUAUUUGAUGCUUUCACUUUGAAUUGGCAAAAGAAACUCUUUGAUGUUCGUCCACGAGUUUCCAGAUACCAGAUGAUGUUUGGCGUAAAUAUCUUUAGCAUGAUGUUGUGCUUUGUAACGCUUGUCGAGGAAGGAACGUUUUUGUCACCAUUCCGUUUUCUAGUCACCCACGAAGGGUUUGGCCGUGAUAUAUUUUUAUUGUCUUUGUCAAGCGCUUUAGGACAGGUUGCAAUUUAUAUGACCAUUGAACGAUUUGGCCCUGUGAUAUUUACGGCUAUGAUGACACUACGGCAGAUACUUUCCAUAUUACUUUCAGUUGUGGCUUAUGAUCACCCGAUAUCUGUUUGGUCUAUAUUUGGCUUGUUGAUAACAUUCACUGCAAUUUUUGGCACUAUUUAUAUUCGGCAUCAUAAGACUUUACAGACUUGA